UACGUCCCUUGAAUGGCGUAUGGAGAGCAAAUAGGAUACGUCAUCAGGCUGUUGUGCUUUCUCUAAUUUGGCCUGCAAAUCAUAUCACCGCUAUGAAAACAGAUGCACUUUGAAGUAUAAAGAAAUUUACAAGAAAUCUCCUGAAAUGGCCGCGGAGGAAGACGGAGAUGUUUUUGAAAUUACCGAUUUUACCACUGCAUCUGAGUGGGAGCGUUUCAUCGCCAGGCUUGAAGAGGUUUUUCAUGAGUGGAAACUAGUUAAUCGCGAACCCCGACCACCAAUUCCUAAGGGAAAAUUGACAGAAGGUUUGUGGGAAGAAAAGACGGAGGAGGUUAUCUUUGCUGACUUUAAAUUUCUUGUCACAUAUACCUAUCUAAAGACUAAUCAGGUCGACGGCGAAUCUGAAAGCGCUAGGAACAGUCAAGAGAGAGAUGAAGGGGACGGAGAUUCUUGCGAAGAUGAGCAUAAGAUCCCUAACGUAUUUCAUGACAUUAUCAGUAUGGACAAUGAUUUUCCUUCACGUGCCCACUGCCUUUGUCGAUGGUAUGGCCUUCAGGAAUUUAUUAUUAUUCAGCCAGCACCAAACUAUAGCACCAUAGAGAGUGAAAGUCGAGCAAAAAUCUUGGAAAGCUCUUCAGCUAUAGCUCUGAACAAUUCUGUUUGUCAUGUGCCUGUUUUUAUACAGCUUCAGCAGAAGUGGAGGAAGCUUUACAGUGGGGUUGCUGUGGCUCCUGGAGCUGGUGUUCAGUUUGAGAUGGCUCAUUUGAAGAAGAUCCCAUCACAAUACACACAUCUGGCUGGGCUGCUUGAUGUGUUCAAGUCAAAAAUAGGCUGUGCUUACGUCUCUUUACCUCCAGUUUCUGUUUCUGUACGUUUUACAUACAUCUUAGAAGACUGGAUUCAUUCACCGUGGCCACAGCUGCCUCCCGAUUUCUCUUCUUUUGCUGAGGGAGAGGUGGGGUGCACAGAGUUGGAUGUUCUGCCCUUCGGUGCAUGUGAAGAUCCCGUGAAAGAGCUUCAUCUGUCCUGCACAUGGCCAAGUCUUUCAGAGGAUAUGAUAGUUGAGAAUAAUGCUUACUCUGAUCUGGACCCCCUACAAGCUCCUCAGUGGUCAGUUCGUAUUCAGAUGACAGAAGACCAGCAGUGCCUGUUAGGCCAGUAUCUCAGAGCCUUUCUUCAGCUGUGCACACUGACAGAGACUACAGAUGAUAUUUUGGGGCGGCUAACAACAGAAGGCAAUGAUGCUGAUAAGGACAGUAAUGAUGACAUUACUCAUGCACUGCACCGGCUGACUGAACCCAGUCUUCCCUAUCACAUACCCUCCUUAGGCAGUGUGGUAUCCAGGGCAACAACCCAUUUGAAGAUUAAGCCUGAGGAAGCUCCAGUCCCUCCUUCUCUGCUCAAUGAGAUUCUUCUGCACCUCUUUCCGGAUGCUACAGGGUUAAAAACUUCAGCAUCUCGCCAUACUAAAGAGAAACACCAAACAUCUAGAGAGUUAACUCCUGUUGAAGACACAGCACCAGCAUCAGCAAGAUCACAAAGGCUGGAAGAAGUCACUGCAGAGGUGAUGAAACAAAUCAAGUCAGCACCCUCAGAUAGCCUUACAUACAGACUGGCUGUGGCAUUUAUCAUCAUCAACCACAACCAUGGUGGUCUUCGUGCUCUGGCACAUCUGUGGCAGGAAUUCAUUCUGGAGAUGAGAUAUCGCUGGGAAAAUAGCAUCCUUAUUCCCGAUCUUGGCACUGGAUCAGUUUCGCCAAGAACUGUCUGUUCAAAACCAUCAGUUGGAAGCAUUCCUCAACCAAAUCUUGGGUCUUGCCUUUUGCACCAGAAACUUCAGAUGCUUAACUGCUGUAUUGAACGCAGGAUCAAGCGAGAGUCAGCAGGGUAUGGGCAUGAGGAUACUGCCCUGCACGAAGCCCCCUCUUCUGUAUUUGAGCCUGCUACAUCCUUGUGCCAACGUGAUGUUCCUGAUAAUAGCUCCCAGACUGGUGCUCGAGCUGAGCGAGCAGAGAGCUUUGCUAGUUCUAGUGAUGAGGAAUUUUUUGAAUGUGAUGAUGGGGAGGACAAUAUUGCUGUUGAUACUGAUGAUGACAAAAUAGUCAGUGAGGCCAAUAUUAAAAAGCAGAAGUUCAGCCAUAAGAAGAGUUUGACUUCUGAAAAGAGCAUAGAGAGCUCUGUAAGUGAAACUUCCUUUAAGGACUCUUUCACUUUCAGAGCAGAGGGUCGUCUAGCACAGAUAAAGAACUUGCAUUCUCUAGCCACAGGUGAGCCUUUAUAUAUCCCUGUCACACAAGAGCCAUCACCUAUGACAGAAGACAUGCUGGAAGAGCAUGCAGAGGUGCUAGCCAAACUAGGCACCACAGCUGAAGGAUCCAAGCUUCGAGCACGAAUGCAGAGUGCUUGCCUCUUGUCUGAUAUGGAAUCAUUUAAAGCUGCAAACCCUGGGUGCAUUCUUGAAGACUUUGUGAGAUGGUACUCCCCGAGGGAUUAUAUCGAUGAUGAGGAGGAAGAGGGGAUAGAUGUAACUGAUAGAAAUGUGAUAGAAGAAGAUGAUCAGGAAAAAAAAGAACAUGGCUUCGAUGGUGACAGCUUGAACCGAUGUAAGGACGGUCAGUCUAAAGCAAGCUUUGACAAGGCCUCUGUGGCACCACCCUUAGAAGCAGCAUCCCCUGCCAAAGAACCAAAACGGAAAGGUCAGCUCAGUCAGCGCAUGCAGAUUCCAGGAAACAUGUGGGUGGAGGUGUGGCAGAGUGCGCGGCCAGUUCCUGCCAGGAGGCAGAAACGGCUUUUUGAUGAUACAAAGGAAGCUGAAAAAGUACUUCACUAUUUGGCUGGACUACGGCCUGGUGAGGUAGUGCUCCAUCUUCUGCCAGUGGUUGUCCAUGCUUCAAUACUCAAGCUGGUAGAAAAGGAAGACCCAGAGGUACCCGUCUUGAAGACUCUUACAGAUCAAGUUAUUUCUAAGGCUACAAAAGUUACCCGCAUGCCCUACCCACCUGAACUGAAGCAGUAUGAAGAGGUCAUUCGUCUGAUUGAACUGGCAGAAACUGUUUUUUCGCGAGCACAGUCUUUGAAAACAAAACUUACACGAGAUCUGCUAGAGAGGGGCAAGGCUGAAGAGGAGCUUCACCAUUUUGUGGCCAGCUUGCUUCAGCAACCAGAAGUGACUGUGAGGGGAGGGCCUUUUGGCCCAGCUGGUUCUGUUGUUCACAGACUCUUUGUGGCUUCCCAGAAGGCAGCCCACAUGGUUGUGGAGGAGAGACUGGAAGAAAGUGAUCUGGGUGAUCAUUCCUUAUCUUUAGAUGUUUCACGACCACCCAGCACAAUUCCUGAUUUUCCACCCCCAGCAGCCCGAGAAUAUAUUCUUCGUGCCAUGAUACCUCAUCCAACCCCCUACUCACGCGUACUGCCUCAGCGCAUGUACUGUGUGCUGGUUGAAGGGGACUAUCGUCUUGCAGGUGCAUUUUGUUCUGACACAACAUUUCUGUGAAACGCUUUUUCUAUGAUGGUUUGACAGAACAUUAAUAAUCUGUUGUACAACAGAUGUAGGAAGAAGCUAACAUGCAACAAACACUUUAUCAGGACCAGUCAUCUAGCCUACAUGCAGAAUCAGAGACUAGUGAUUAUAAACUAUCUCAACUAAUGUUUUUAGCAGUUGUUUCUUAAUUUUUUGCUUAUGGAAAAAUAAAGUAAAUAGAAAGAAACUUUGAACUCAUAAACUGAGGGCAUUUUAAAGGGCAUGUUGGUUGUAAGAAAUAUAUCAACAAAAUGUAAUCAAAGUGAGUGUAGACAAAUUUUUGCAGCCAUUUAUUCCUAAGCUGUGAUUCUAUUCAAAAAUCCAUAACAGCACUGUUAUUAUAGUAAUAAGUAACAUGGAUUUUUAUAUUUAUUAUUAUUUUUUAUAUUCUCAGUGAGUUCAAAAAAUGAAGAAUGGUUGAAAAAUAUCUUGGUAAGAAUUUGUUUUGUUCUUCAAGAUUGUUAACAAAAAAGCUAUUAACUUUUUGUUGGUCUGUCUAGAUCACAGCAGACAUAAAUAAAAAAGAAAUUUUAUCUUUCAAUUUGUUAUUUGUUGAUCGCACUGUGCUUUCUAAAUUUUGGUAUAAUUUCAAAACAGUUCUUUGAUAAUGAGAAAAAAAUGGAUGAUCCCUAUAACUUAAUCUGAAGUAAAAGCUGACAUACCUUAGGUUUUUAGAUAUUGUCAUCCAUCAUGCUUCAAUUCUUCGCUAAAGAGCUUUUUUGGGGAGGGGGAGUGUGCUGUUGCACAUACUGCAAAGGCUUACUAUUAGUUAUAUGUUGUAUUACUGUGCUUAGUCACUUCAUUGUGAUUGUUUUUGCAUAAUGUUUCUCUAUGCAAGCCACUUGUUACUGCCAGUCUAAGACACUCUUCUUUAGCUCAUUUUCUAGAUAAGCUUGAACAGUGCUGAUGAUUGAUGUUCAUGUAUCCAAACACAAAUAUUACAUGCUGAGAUGGUCAUAUCCCUGAUGUUUGACAGUACAGUAAAACAAUUCUUGUUCAGGUUUUGUGCAAAUGCCUUUGGAAUUUUAGAUACUGCAAAGGGCUUUCAUAAGUACCGCUAAAUUGUGUUUAUUUUAAGAAAAGAAACAGUGGAUUAAGUAAAAUCAGUUAAGAAUUUAAAAAUAAAAAUUAUUGCGCUUUUUUAUUGUGUGUUUUCAUUUUUCUACUUUUCCUGUUUUCACUUUUUAAUCCUCUGGUGUUGAAACUCAGAUUUAAUUAAUGCAAAUACAUUGUCUAUUUUCAUUAUCUUUUUCUCAUUGUUGAAACAGAUUUUUUAAUAAGAUAAGCACGUUUUAAUCCAAAUAACAGUUUUUGUAAGAAGAGCUUGAGAAGUUCCAUUGUCAUCCAUGCUUUACAAGCAGUAAGUGACAAGUGGAAGGGCAACUGUUGAAGCCAUAAGCUUAUUUUCCUAUUCCAUUCAUACAUAUAUUCAUAUUGGCUAAAAUCAGUAGUAGUAGUCAUGAAAGUCCCACUUUCCUAGAUGUUGAUUAGUUGUACACUUAUAAAUGUUGUCAUCCAAAAAGCUAGUUGGUUUUUAAUUUAGUAUUGUACUUUAUCUGACAACUUUUAUUAGUUUUAAGAUUUCUUUCAGCAGACCAGCUACAUUUUUUUUGGCUGUUGCUGCAAAGGUCUUUUUUUAUUUUAAUUCUUCUUAACAAUCUGGAAGCAUUAAACAGAAAAAAAAUGUUUUUGCAAACUUUCCAGUAAUUUACUGUCACCAAAUCUCUUUAAAUUAUAGUUUGAAUGUAUUAUUGUUAUCUGAUUUAAAGUCUUGUAUGUCAACGUGAUUUUGUCAUUUUCUAAAGGCAAUAUAUGUUCACAGUUUUCAUUUUCAUUAUGAUAAAUUAUGAAUGACAUUCGUAAACCAUAUUUCCAGAUUUUGAAUUUCUCUGUUUAGUUUAAUCUUUUUACCCUUCUGUCCUUUAACUUGGUCUGAAAGCUAACACAAAUAUAAAAACUGCAGAGUGUCAUUGAAUACAGUUUAAUAAUUGUUUCUGUGAGAGUGCUGUUUUCUUGACAUACUGAGUAAUAUUAUGACACUUGAACAGCAGUGCAAUAAAUAACAGACAACAUUGAAAGCCUUGUAUUUUUAGUCUUCUUUAAUUAAAGGCUUAAGCCUUUGUUCAUCCUGAUUGAUUACCAAAGAUGUCACAGUUAGAGGAAUGCAGAUAUCGGCAGUGCCCAAUACUUAUUGGCAAACCAACUCAAAAACUCAUGAGUUUGGAGAACAAAGACUUUCACAUUUUGACAAAUCAACUGGCAAUGCAGCAGAAAUGGCUGGAUUCUUCGAAGGCUACUCUCUCACACUACUUUACUAAAUCUUGUCUGCCCACACUCCUGCCUGAAACCUUAGCUCCUCAUCAGACUCUGGCAUUCUAUCCCUCCCUCCCACAAAGACAGUCACGGACAACAGAUGUUCUCCCUCUGUUCUGCCAAGCAGUGGAACUCUUCCGCAUCACAUUUUCAUGUGUCAUCAUUAAUGUACAGAUUUUGUUUGUUUUGGUCAACUAAAAUAGAAGAUCUGUGAUAUGCAUUUAAUAAUAAUAAAAUAUGCUUAUAUAACACCAUAUCUUAGCCCUGUGGAUAAGCUCAUGACACUUAAAAAUGAUGUUAAUUUAAAAAGAAAAAUUAUAAUCAAGGCUGAAUGACUCAUUUUUUUUAUUCCCCAUUGUGGGUUAAAGUGUUUAAGUAGUUGACAUUUGCAAAAUUAUUUGGAAAAAUAUGCUCCCAUUUACCAAGUAAUAGGAGGGGGAAAAUAAGUAUCCUAUGACAAGUCAGCAACUAAGGCUAUAUUAUGGCAAGCCAUUUAUCUAGCGAUGAAUUGCAAAUAUGUAAAGGUUUGCAUUGCUUUUGGUUUUUGAGUUGGUGAAGGAGCUUCUAAGUGAAACUAAAGGAAGGGGUUGAAAGUUGUGUUUAAAGUGUUUAAAGUGUGCUCUGAAUGCAGUGUGUUAGUGACAGUGUACCAAAUACUGAAGUUUUUGUUUCUAUUAAACUCUAACAUCUCACAACUCAUGCCACUCUCUGAUACUUUGUGUUGAAAUUGAAUAUCGUUUAUCAUAAUUCAUAUUUCUUGUAGUCUAUGUUCCAUAUGCUAAGCUGCUAUGUAACACAUUUUCCUUGAAGAUUCUGCUGAAGUUGGUUUCAUUAGAUUAGUCUAGUUGACUUGUACAGUAAACAUUUCCAUUAAACAGCUUAAGA